AUGAAUAGAGUACCUUCAUACAGACCAAAUGACACGAGUCCAAAACAAGUGCAAGAUCAAUUUAAACUUCGCCUGACAAAGGAAUUAUUUGAACAACAUAUAACAACAGUGAUUUUAAGAAGGGCUUUUGCAAAUUCUUCCAUGCCUAUUUACGCCAACAUAUAUGAUGUUAGUACACGGAAAGCAGGAGAAAAGUUUCUUGUAAAUCUAUAUGAAUCUGGGGCAUUUACAGAAAUAUGGGACAGAGAAGAACUGACGGAAAUGUUCGAAGAAUAUUUGGAUGGUCAGAACAAGAAUUUCAAUGAAGUUUUAUAUCACAUGAAUCAAUAUCACCCAACCCUACUGUAUGUAAAACGUCACACAGUUGUGGCAUUUGUACGUGAAGAAACUGACAAAUUAUACGAUAGGUAUCUGAGAAGAGAUAAUCAAGAUAAUUCAUUAUUUGAUAAUACGGAUGAAAAUCAGGAUUCUGGGAGAAUAAUACCAGGACGGAAGCCGAAAUAUUCGGGCGGUGCUAUUCCUGCAUCUCCAUUGGCUUUGCACGCGUUUCAAAUUUCGGAUUCCAUAAGGAAAAUAUAUUCAAAAUAUGAUGUAGUUAGCCCCAGUGUUAAACAAAAAAUGAAAGAUUUACUGACGGCUCCGUUAGUAUUUUCAAAAUAUCCAGAUAAAUUUCAUUCAUUACUUCACAUUGAAGAGUUGCAACACGAAGAAGAUAUGAGGAGGUAUGACAUGAAAUCCACUACUCUGAUUCGAGGAAGCAAUAACAAUAAACUAUUUCUGAAGGUUCCUGGAUUAGCUGAGAAGCGGCCUUCAGUAUUGAAGGGAGAUCGUCUCUUGGCAAAAAAAUUGGACAUGUAUGGAAAACCUGGCAAAGACUGGUACGAAGGUUAUGUUCAUACAGUAGGGCAAAAUGAUGUGGAGAUUCAAUUCAACAAUAAUUUUCACGAUGAAUAUAUCGAUGAAAUGAGAGUAUAUAUCCAAUUUAGACUGAAUCGUUACCCAUUAAAAAUGAUGCACAGGACACUCACAUUGGUGAGAGAUUUGGAAAACAUUCUGUUUCCUGUCGAUGACAUCAGUUAUCUACUCAGAUCCGAUGAAAAGCCAAAGCUAGUUUGGAAGACAAGGUUUAUAGAAAAUAACCCACAUCAAGUAGCAGCAAUUCAAAACAUCGUGAAAAAAAAUUCCUCGAAAAUCUAUAUCAUAUAUGGACCACCAGGAACAGGAAAAACUGUAACAAUGGUUGAAUCAGUUUUUCAAACGAUGAAAAAAUAUCCUGAUUUCCACAUCCUUGUUGCUGCACCAUCUAACAGUGCAUGUGAUUUGUUAGCAAAACGAUUAUUAAAACUUUUUAAGACGAAACAUAUUUGGCGUUUAACAGCGCCGUCGCGUAUGAAUAUUCCAGAAUCAAUGGAAAAAAUAUCAAGGAUUGGCACUUCGGCUUCAAGAGAAAACCUUAGUAAAUACAAGAUUAUUGUCAGUACUUUGAUAACGGCAGGAAGAAUAGCAUCUGCAAAUUUCGAACCGAGGAUCUUCGAUAGAAUUUUUAUUGAUGAAUGUGGUCAAUCCAUGGAACCAGAAUUAUUGGUAGCAGUAUCAGGAAUAAUAAAAGACGAUGGAAAAGUUGUUUUAGCAGGUGACCCAAAACAGUUGGGCCCGAUAAUUCGCUCUCGAGAAGCCAAAAAACACGGAUUACAAACUUCAUUUCUGGAAAGAUUAAUGGGAAAUCCAUUGUACGAAAAAGAAAAUGGCAAAUUCAACAAACAUAGAGUGACCAAGUUAUUGAAAAAUUACCGUUCCCACGAAGCCAUUAUUAAAAUUUCAAACGAAGAAUUCUAUGAUAACGAAUUAGAAGUUUGUGCUGACGAAUUUAUGCGAAAUUCUCUGUGUUCGUGGGGAAAGCUUCCACAAAAAAAUUUUCCGGUCAUUUUCCAUGACGUUCGAGGAAAAGAUGAACAGGAAAAAAAGAGUCCAUCAUUUUUCAACAGCGAGGAGGUGAAAAUAGUACAGCAGUACGUUGAGAACCUUUUGUCAGAUCGCAGAAAUCGUGUUAAACUAGGAGAUAUAGGCAUAAUAGCACCAUAUCGCAGUCAAGUACAGAAAAUAAAUGAAGAACUUAAGCAAUCGGAUAUUAUCACACGAUAUCGCAGUCAAGAACGGAAAAAAAAAAAAAAAAAAACGAAGCAACCCGAUAUUAAAAUUGGAAGCGUGGAAGAAUUCCAGGGUCAGGAACGACGUGUCAUUAUUAUCAGCACCGUGAGGAGCAACGAAAAAAAUCUUGAAACCGAUGCACGAUUUCGACUUGGCUUUCUCGCCGAUCCCAAACGAUUCAACGUUGCUGUGACUCGAGCUAAAAGUCUUUUAGUAGUAGUCGGAAAUUCAAAAAUUUUAUGCAUGGAUAAAUACUGGAGAAAACUUUACGAUUUCUGUAAAAACAAUGGUUCUUUCAUUGGAACGACUUUGGCUGAAAGUAAAAUUCUGGACCUCACUACGUUCAUGCCUACGCAAAACGAUGACGUUUAUGACAUCACAGAGGAUGACGUCGAAGAUUCCGGAGUUCCAGAAUGGAAAAUGGACUCGUAG